CCCCUCCUUCUUCGCCCCCGGCCUCCCUUCUCGAUCCUUCUGUUCCAUUGCAGAGAACGAGGAACCCCACGCGCUGCUUCGAGCUCUUUCCCGACGUAGCAAUCUCCACAAUGCCGACUCUCAGAAGCUCAGAAACGCUUCUCCCAUCGUCGCCCAUCGCUUCCCCUGCCAUGGGAAAAACGGAUGGCAAAGGGAGCUCCACCGCGAACAAGAAGCGAGCGAGAUCUCACAGCACCGACGACGGGACUCCGAUUAAAACCCAUUCCCCUGCGAAUCGGAGAUCCACCUCCUCCAAUGCAAAUGGCAAUGGCAAAGUUUCCAAAGGCGAGCUCUUGUGUUCUCCAAAGUCUCCGAGGAAAAGAUUAUCCGACCAAUUCUCAGAAAAGCCCAAGUGGAAUCCCACAGAUCCGGCGCAGAUGCAAGCAGUUAGAGAAGCAUUGCACGUGGCUACGGCCCCCAGCAAUGUCGUAUGCCGCGAGGAGGAGCAGAAAAGGAUCUUUGAGUUCUGUAAGACAUGCAUCGAGCAGGAGAGAGCCGGGAGUUUAUAUGUGUGCGGGUGUCCCGGAACUGGAAAAACUUUGUCCAUGGACCGAGUAAAGGAAAAUGUAAUGCUUUGGUCAAAGGAGGCAGGGUAUGAACUACCAGAUGUGUUAGCCAUCAAUUGUACUUCUCUAACCAACACAGUCGAAAUCUUCACCACGAUUCUUGCAAAGCUCUACCCUCGGAUGAAGACAAAUAGUAGUUUCUCAUCCCUUCAACAUCUUCAGAGUUUAUUUUCUCAGAGUCAUUCAUCUCCCAGAAGGAUGAUUCUGAUUGUUGUUGAUGAGAUGGAUUACUUGAUAACUAAAGAUAGAGCUGUACUUCACAAUCUUUUCAUGCUUACAACUUUCCCAUUUUCCCGAUGUAUAUUAAUAGGAAUUGCAAAUGCUAUAGACCUAGCAGAUCGAUUUCUUCCGAAGCUUGAAUCAUUAAACUGUAAACCUCUUGUUAUAACCUUCCAUGCUUACUUGAAAGAUCAGAUACUCAAAAUUAUUCAGCAGAGGCUUAUGGUACUUGGAUAUGAUGUUUUCCAACCUUUAGCUCUUGAAUUUUGUGCUAGAAAAGUUGCAGCCGCCUCAGGAGAUAUGAGAAGAGCACUUGGUGUUUGCAGGAGCGCAAUAGAGGUGCUUGAAGAAGAGCUAAGAGAUCCUUCAAAACAAGGACAAUGUAAUAUUGUCACAUUUGAUCAUAUGGAUAUUGCUAUAUCAAAGGCAUUCAAGUCCACUGUUAUAAAUACCAUACACUCUCUUCCACAACACCAACAGAUAAUAUUAUGUGCCUUGGUGAAUUUUUUUCAGCAGUUUAAGAAGAAUGCUACAACUCUAGGGGAGCUAAACAGAUCGUAUGUACAAAUUUGCAAAUCUGCUCAUGUCCCUGCUGCGGGAACGCUAGAGUUCACUAACAUGUGCACAGUGCUGAACGACCAGGGACUUCUCAAACUGGGGAAGUCUAAAGAAGAUAAAUUGAAGAGAGUAACAUUACAAAUUGACAGUUCAGACAUCACUUUUGCUUUCAAGGGGAACCGAUUCUUUCAAAAUUGCUUGGAGCAGCGAUGAACCUAAGUAAAGAUACACCGCAUUCUAUUUGUGUUAGAUACCGCCGUCUUCUGUCAGGCUUGUCGUCAUUAAUAUUUUACAAGGAUACCUGAAUGAAAGGUCAGUCUAUUAACUACUACAAAACCAUCAAUCUUAGUCGAAGAAGGAAAAAAGAAAACAAUUGAGCCGUUGGAUACGAAUAGUGGCUGCCAUAUUCAUUACUGUAUUUUUUUUCUUUUUCAUAUCUGCAACCAAGAAUAUUAGCCAUUAACUGAUCCAAAAGGACAUGCCUCCAAAUAAGUGUAGUAUAAUACUACAUUUUUUUUCAGUACCUCAGUCAUUUAUCU